ACUGUUUCGGUUGCAGAUACUGUUUCUUUCGACAUUAAAAGUGUGAUUACAAUUUCUUAACGCAGUCUUUAGCGAUUCACUAGAUUCAUUUACCAGGAUAUUACACAUUAUAUAGCAAUGUAUAUUCUAUUAUCCUGUUUCUUUUUUGGCCUUAUUCAAAUUUCACUGGGAAGUACGAGCAAUGAAGCCACACACUAUCAUAAGAUACUAAAAUCUUUAAACAAUGCCACUGAAUUUGACGUAGAUGCAUUGGACUUGCUUUUGGAAAAGUUGAAUCUUAAACAUUGCAAAUCUGAACCCAACAGAGAACCAUGUCCACAGAAAUGUGGCCCUCCUGAACAUAUAUUCUCAACACAUGGUUUCGGCAACAACCUCACUAUCGCGGAGGUUGGUGAGUUGUCAACAACUUUACUCUACUUUUUACUGCCUGAAAAGAAUGCUGGGUUGAACGUUUGUGAACACGGAGACGGCGCCCACGUAUCAACGUAUGAUCGCCUUUUGAAAAACUACAAAACAACUGGGAAUAUAUGCGUCCGCUUUUUAAACCGAAUCUUACGAGAUGUCAAAAAAAGAUUCAAUGAUUCCAACGAAGAACAGGCUAUACAAAAGCCAUGUUUUUCUGCUGAAGGUAUAUUCAGAGAAAUUGGUGUAUCACCUAAGACCAGUGAAAUUGACAGAACUCAAUUUUCAAACAUGAGCAUGGUGAUUAUAUCAUAUCUAUCAAAUGGACAUUGUCUUGAGGUUAAUAAUGAAGAAGAUCUUCCAUGUAAAUCAUAUUUUACCUCUGAUAUUCUCCAACAUUUUGGUGGAGAAGCAAACAAAAUAUCAUUUGAAGGAUUCAAGGAAGUAUUGGGAACUAUUGGUGUUGGUAAUGUAACUGACCAUCAUAGCAAUGAGGGAAAUAAGCAUGACCAUGGCCAUGAUCAUGACCAUGGCCAUGACAAAUUGCCAAGACGUGAAAAACGUGACCUCCCAAGUCGUGUCCCGUUUCAAAUCAAACAAUGCUACUCAGCAGAUGAUUUGGCAAUAAUUUUUGCAGUCAAUAAAAGUGAUGGUGUGGAUAGUAUGAAAUUCAUGGAGAUGUGUCCAGCAAUGAUUCAGCAGCUUGAGUCUGGAAUCUGUAAGCCUAAACCUGCGAAAAUAGGUUCAACUCAUGACUUUACUCAUGAUCAAAUAGUGUGGCUGUAUGGUUUUUUGUCAGUGUUUAUUAUCAGUUUGCUAUCGCUUGCUGGCGUUGCCGUCAUCCCUUCGAUGGCUGGAAAGACGUACAAGAAAAUCAUCAUUGUUUUAAUUGGGUUAGCUAUUGGAACUCUUACUGGAGAUGCAUUACUUCAUCUUAUACCACAUGCAGGUGGUUUUCAUGCUAGUGGUCACGGUGAUCAUGGAUCAAAACAUGACGAACAUGGUUCAGAAGAAGAGCAUGAUAAGACGAUAAUAUGGAGAUUCUUGGUCGUUGCGUUUGGUGUCUAUGGCUUUUUUUUGUUUGAGACAUGCUCUCAUUUGUUUUUACAAUCUACUGGAGGAGAUCACUCUCAUUUAGAGCACACACGAAAGCACAGUCGAUUUGAAAGAAACAGUUCUUGUCGAGAUAGUAAACGCCAUGAGUUGCGAGUGGCAACUUAUCCUCAAGGGCCUACUGCUAGUAAAGAUACCACAAAGGUUAUUUUCAAUAAGGCAAAUGGCCAAGCUGAGGAACAUUGCUCAAAAGACGAUGAACGUCUGGAAGAGAAUGUCUCUGAUUUAUCAAAACAUUCAAAUGAAUCUACAAAGAAAUCAAUUAAGUCUUUUGGAAAGAUGAUUCUUAUUGGAGAUACAUUACAUAAUAUAACAGAUGGCAUUGCUAUUGGAGCUGCCUUCACUCAAGAUAUUGCUGGAGGAUUGAGUACUACUAUAGCUGUGUUUUGUCAUGAACUACCACAUGAACUAGGUGAUUUUGCUGCGUUAGUUUCAUCGGGAAUGUCUGCAAAACAAGCAAUAUUUGCCAACUUUUUAUCCGCUUGCUCAAGUUUUAUUGGCCUUGUCAUUGGUAUUUUGAUUGGUCAGAAAACCAGUGAGGGAAAUCAGUGGAUAUUUGCUAUAAUGGGUGGGAUGUUUUUAUACAUUGCUUUGGUCGACAUGUUACCUGAGUUGAUGCACAGCGAAGAACUUGGUGGUAUGAGCAAACUCCGAAUCUUUCUGUUGCAAAAUACGGGGAUUUUAUGUGGAUUUACUCUCAUGUUUUUAAUUGCAUAUUUUGAAGAAGAUCUUGCCAUAUUUUGAAAAUUGAAGGUUCCAUAGAAAUCUACAAAAAUCGCACAAUUUUUUUGAAAUUUAGCAAGGAAAGGGGGGGGGUGAUGUUUUUGGUGGGAUGUAUGCUAAUUUUUGUUGUUUUGCACUAAUUGAUAUGACAAAGCUUACAAUGGAUGUAACUUAAUCCUAAUAGAUGACAUAAGCUGA